CUUAAAGCUGUGAUCAGCAUAUCAUUGCUUAAAUUGCGUUUGCCAACACUGGUUUAUUAAUUUACGUUGGUCGAACCGCGCACGUUGUGAGUGGAUGUGAAUGUGGAUUAUAUAAAAAUAAAUAGCAACUGUGAAAGAAAUGUAUCCGCUACUGCGCCGAUUUUUAAGUGGCUCCAUCAGCAGCGUUAACCAGGCGAACUUGCUGCGUGGCUACGCCUCUUUUACAGUGCAGGAUGUGAUGCGGGAAGUGUCGGAUGAGACCGGCACUUUGCUUAUUAGAUUUGCCAAGCACAUUGCAGUGGAGCGCUAUAAGUGCGGGGAACAUGUGCUGCCGCCCUCUAAGGUGCGCUAUUCCGACUACUUUCCCAUCACGGAUGAGCGUUACUUUCGGCGAACGUUGCAAAGCACGCAGGCCAAUCAGCUGCCAUCUCUGAUUAUACAUGCCUCAAGUUAUCGCUCCAAUGCUCCAGCGCCAAUGUAUGUGGCGGCUCUGAACGCUUUGGAUGCACAUGCUCUUGCACAACUGAAGCAGAUGGAUACCAGCACAGUGUUGGAAUCAUUAUAUGCCUUUCUGUUUCUCAUGCCCAAUUGGCUGAGACGGACGGAUUUCUAUCAUGCAGCCAUGCAUCGCCUGGCGAAGGAGACCUGCUGCAGCAAAGAACGCUUUCUACAAAUAUGUUUCUAUCUGGGUCUGCAAAAGCAAUUGGAGAAGCACGAUUUGGAGGCGUUGCUGGCGUCGCAGUUGAAUGCCUAUUUGCCCAGCUUUAAUUCAUUGGAUCUGGCACUAGUGUCUAAUGCUUCUUAUAAGACAUCAACACUGGUGUCGGGUCCAUCGCGAGAUGCUUAUGAGGCUGCUCUUGUGGAUGCCAUUUUAAAUGUAAAGCUGGUGCCAAACAGUUCUGCGGAUGCCUUACUUAUUUGCUUCAUCAAAGCUCUGCGUCUCCAGCGAGUUCAGGAUGAACGGGUCGUUCAGUACCUGCAGAACAUUUGCCUGAAUCCCGCGGAACUCUCACAAUUACAGCCACGUGGUUUGGCUCAUAUCUUUGCUUACUUCUCGGAGAUGAGAUGGGAUCACUCGGAAGCCGUUCAAGCGAUUGUUGAACAAUUGUUGCAGUUUAAGCCGUUCGAACUGCGGACUAAGGACUUGGCCACAUUUAUCUGGUGCUGCGCUCAACUUGAUUGUGCCUUAAGUACGACACAACUAAAGCAGUUGGAAAUCGUUGCUCUGCGGAAACUGGACCACGGCGAAUACGAUCGAUUCCCCGAUCAACUAGUAGAUACCUGCCUCUCACUUUGCAUUCUGGGUCAUUAUUCCAAGCAGCUCUUCGAUGCAGCCGAGAAGCUGAAAGCUAAUCAACGCCAGCGUCUUCGUGUCCAGCCCAAGGUUGACAGUCGUCUGACUGUAUUACGGUCCGCUGUGGCAAUUGAGCAUCCUGAAUGGUCGGAUGUAACAAAAGAACAAGUUUUCAAGGAAUUUGCUCGUGCUCCUGGCUAUUUGCUUAAGCAGCGUGAAGAUCUGACAGAAUACGCGAAUCUGCUAGCUAAGGAUGCCGAGGUGGAAGGUGUUGACAUAGUCUGCCCCAUUGCAGGCAUUAAUUUGCCUAGUCUUAGAGUGCAAACGCAGGGAGACGAGGCAACCGUUUAUUUCGUUGAGCUUUUAAGUGAAUAUCAGACACUGAAAUUCAGUGGGACAGCGACUUCACUGAUUCGAUUAAAACGACGUCUCUUAGAAGCAUUGGGUCACCAAGUGGUGCUGCUACAGUCUGGUGAGAUGGCAUCCAAUGCACAGGCGCUGCAUCAACUUCUAGACCAAGCAACUACUUCUAAAACCGAGGAUAGUCCACAAUUGCAAGGGUUAAAGAAUUAAAACGAGUGAUAUAUAUCUAUACAAUCUACGUCCCAUAGUUUUAAUUAACAAGUUUGUAAUGUAAUUAAUUUAAAAAAUAUAACACUAAAUUUAACGUUCAACAAUUGAUACAUAAUACAGAGGGCAAGCUUUCACGGUUAUGGAAGUGUGAGCUCAUCUGAUUGACUUUAUCUUGGCCUUGAGCACAACAUAGGCGCCAAAUCGUAAGAGGAAAGUUAUUACACACAGUGCAAUGAUGUCCUUCCAGAACUGAUCACCCGACAUGGUAAUUUCCUCUAGGAAUUUCUUUGGAUAUCUGCAAUUGGAUGCAAUAUAUAUAUGAUAAGUCAAAAGCUUAAUUCAUGUGAUGUGAUCCAAAUACCUGUAAUGACAGUAAGGUGCUUCGUUACACUCGAGAACACCGCGAUUGAGGCCAUAGAUGGCUCCUAUGAAACCCUCCAGGCCAUAUCGUAAAUGGGAUAUAUGACUACCCCAUUUUAAGUAGCUCGGAAGAUCCCGCAGCGUGACACCAAAGCCGGCGAACAUCAUCAUGGGUAUGGUGAGCACUGGAGCCAGGAAUGUGCCAUUGACGACAUCGAACCAGGCGCCGAUGAUGAGACCAAAGCUUUGACCAACAAUCACUAUGAGCAAACUGAUGGAGAAGAACAUCCAAAAACGAACCCAUUCCAUGGGCUGAUAACUCCACAAAUAAAUAAUUACAGAGAAAAUGAAACUACUGAGGAGCUGCAAUUAACGAAGAACGUUAUAAUUAAAUGCGAAAAAAUGAAUCCAUUUACUUACUGUUAUUGGCAAGUCUAUCACGGUCAUGGCAAAGUAGAAGGCUUUUAGUGAGUACCAACGAUUAAAGUGUUCCUUAAUUAAAAUCGUCAUCUCAAUGGGGACUAGACCGAGGAUAGAAACAUGUCGUCAAGUACGGCGGACCAGAUCAAUCAUUAGCAGAUCAACUUACAUGUCAGCACCGUUAACAUCAUCGUUGUCAUGGAGUGAUGCAUCAAUAUGGCAAAAAGUAGGUUAUAAUUGUCAAGUACCCGUGAACCUUCUCGGCCAGCAUGAUCAUACAUCGCGCCGUACAGCACAGCCACCAUAAUGUUGACGAUAAUGCGCAUGUGCGUCAUUGUGGUAUCACGACGCGCCUUAAUGUAACCACGGCGUAAAAGAACAGAGCACUGAUUGGCGAAGCUAGUGUUUGCCAGAGAAACGUUUUUCGUUCGUUUCGGUAUGGGGUGUUUGCGCAUGAGUGCUUCGGAGCGAAGCACAGCGCCGGGAUUGUUGAACCAGGUCAGACAGCUGCCGUUCUCCGUGGCGCUCUUAAGGGUAUCGACCUUAUCAAAUCCGUACUCGCCGCACGCCAACUCAAUAACUAAAUAAAGAUGGAACAGAGAUCUGUUAAAAUUUAAUAUUCGAUGGAGUCUUAUUAAGUCGGUACUCACUGUAAUCUGCUGGAUUGUGGUACAUGGGGCAAGGUAGAUCCACCGACUGCAGGAAGGGCACCAGUUUCUGGGUGCCGCCCUGGUAGACACAGUUGCCGGCGGAGAGAACAUA